ACAGGACACCUGGGUUUACCUACGGGCAGCGGAUGUUGGCGCCCUUAAGGAGGUGCAGUCUUCUGGGAGGGCCAGGGGCGGAGUCAGUCUUUAAAAGCUGUUCCCAGGGCUGGCCCGCCUGCCACAAACGCUGAGCCCAGGUGGGAGAGUUCUGGGUCAUCCGAGCCUGGCAGCUGCGGGAACUCCGGAGACCACAAAGCGGUUUAUGGUUUACCCCCUCCACGGAAGGUCGGUCUGAUCGCAGCUGCGGGUCGGGGAGAGGGACCGGGGGGUCCCCCCAGUCAGUAGGCCUCAGAGCAGCACCUUUUCAGUGCCGGGGCAUCAGACAGCGGAUUUUGCAUUCGACUCUCCCCAAAGUGUGCCGAACUGGUUGGAAGCAAAGGCUCUAGUUUAAGCUCUGGGCUUGGGGAUAAAAUAUACUUUUUAAGGACCCAAGUUCCUCGGCAACGACUCCAGACUGGGAAGACCCCUCCAUUUUCAGGAUCGACGCUUCACGUUGAGGGGAGGGCAUUCAGGACGCCCUCUUAAGGCUUCUCCCAACCCAUGGCGCUACCGGGCUCCUCACAGGACCAGGCCUGGAGCCUGGAGCCUCCUGCCCCCACGGCUUCUGCGUCUUCAUCUUCGGGACCCCAGGAGCGGGAGGGCGCUGGGAGCCCCGCGACCCCCGGGGCGCUGCCCCUGGAGAAGGUGAAGCGGCCCAUGAACGCGUUCAUGGUGUGGAGCUCCGCUCAGCGCCGCCAGAUGGCGCAGCAGAACCCCAAGAUGCACAACUCUGAGAUCUCCAAGCGCCUGGGCGCGCAGUGGAAGCUGCUGGACGAGGACGAGAAGCGGCCCUUCGUGGAGGAGGCCAAGCGGCUCCGCGCCCGGCACCUGCGCGACUACCCCGACUACAAGUACCGGCCUCGGCGCAAGGCCAAGAGCUCGGGCGCCGGACCUUCCCGCUGCGGACAGGGAAGAGGUAGCCUGGCCGGCGGCGGCGCGAUCUGGGGGCCGGGGUACGCAACCACCCAACCUAGCAGAGGCUUUGGGUACAGACCCCCCAACUACUCGACAGCCUACCUGCCCGGCAGCUAUGGCUCUUCCCACUGCAAACUGGAGGCCCCCUCAUCGUGCUCCCUCCCUCAGAGUGACCCUAGGCUUCAGGGAGAGCUGCUGCCCCCCUAUACCCACUACCUGCCCCCUGGCUCUCCCACUCCAUACAGUCCUCCCCUUUCUGGUGCCCCCAUGCCCCUAACCCACCUCUAACUCUCAUGGACUCAGACCUCACCCGACGUGCCUCAUCCUCCUUUUUUAAUCCAGCAGCAUCCCCUACCCCAGGCUGUCAACCCUUUCUCAUGUUGGACUACAGUUCAGACGCCGCCUGCAGUCCUCCCACGAAAGCCAGGGAGAGCCGCACAACAUAGUUAUAUUUUUGGUAGUAUUAAACAGUUUUGUAUUAUUCAA